GCGAGAGGCACGAGUCGCGUGCAGCUCCACCAAAUUUAGUGACUGCAUCGUCAGCGACAACCCAACCCAGCCCCCGACGACCAUCUCUCGCAGGCCGGCCGUGGACGUCGUCUUUGUCUGUCUCGGAUGCUUAGAUCCUUCGAGAUUGAAGUUCAGACCCUGAGCGAUCGGCUCACACACCAGGCAAGAUGGCGGCGCCAAAGAUGACCAAGAACCAGAUGCGCCGGGCCAAGAAGAAGGAGCAGAAGAAGGCCAAGGCGGAAGCACAGCAGAACGGCUCCAAGGAACCCGAGGUCAACAAGGAGGAAGAGAUCAAGGAAGAGACACCAGUGAACGGCGAGAGCAAGCCAGACGACCUCGAAGUCAAGAAGGACCCUGACGCGUCCGACGAGAUUGAUGCCGAUGGCCCGAUAGACGCGCCCGCGAUCCCCGAGGACGACCCGGCGUUUGCGGAGUACAAGAGCAUUUUCGAGAAGUUCGGCGUGAGCUUGGACGGCGAGGAGGGCUCCAAGGAGGCGAAUAAGCGCGACAAAGGCGAGGUCUUCUUCGACCAGGAUGACGAGAUUCCCAGCGAGGGCGAGGAGGCACAGCCGAAGCUGUCCAAGAAGAAGCGCAAGAAGCUGAACAAGUUGUCCAUCGCCGAGCUGAAGGCGCUGGUGCGGAACCCCGAGGUUGUCGAAUGGCACGACGUCUCGUCUUCAGACCCCCGUCUUCUCGUCCAGAUCAAGUCGCAGCGCAACAUCGUCCCCGUGCCGGGACACUGGUCCCUGAAGCGAGAAUACCUCUCGAGCAAGCGGGGCAUCGAAAAGCCCCCGUUCAAGCUGCCAAAGUUCAUCGCCGAGACCGGCAUCACCGAGAUGCGCGACGCCGUGCUCGAGAAGCAGGCGGAGCAGACGCUCAAGCAGAAACAGCGCGAGAGGGUGCAGCCCAAGAUGGGCAAGCUGGAUAUUGACUACCAGAAGCUCUACGACGCCUUCUUCCGCCACCAAACAAAGCCGGACCUGACGAGGUUCGGCGACGUGUACUACGAGGGCAAGGAGUGGGAGGCAGACUACAAGGUGUUCAAGCCCGGCGAGCUGAGCGAUGCGCUGAAGGAGGCGCUCGGCAUGCAGCCAGGCUUCCCUCCUCCGUGGCUGCUCCAGCAGCAGCGCGUCGGCCCGCCGCCGUCGUACCCGACCCUUAAGAUCCCCGGCCUCAACGCGCCUCUGCCCCCGGGCGCGUCUUGGGGCUUCCAGCCGGGCCAGUGGGGCAAGCCUCCGCUGGACGAGUACAACCGCCCGCUCUACGGCGGCGACAUUUUCGGCAUCAUGGCGCCCGGCCAGCCCGGCGCCGCCGCGCCCUACCAGCCGCAGCCGCAGCAACCCCAGGCGGCCGCCUACGCGUCGCUCGGCGAGCCCGUCGAGCGCACGCUGUGGGGCGAGCUCCAGCCGCCGGCCGAGGAAUCCGAGGAGGAGGAGGAGGAGGAAGAAGAGGAGGAGGAGGACGAGGGGGCGUCGCAGGCGGGCGAUCUCCCGCCGGGCGGCAGCACCGACGCGGCCAGCGGGCUCGAGACGCCCGGCGGGUUCGCCAGCACGGUGCACGCGGACGCGCACGAGCCGGCCGGCGUCGAGACGAGCAUGGCGGGCGAGUUCGACCUGCGCAAGACGCGGCGCGGCUUCGAGACCGAAGAGUCCUCGUACGGCGGCAGCGGGCCGCGGCAGGCGUACACCAUCAUCCCCGAGCGCCAGGGCCGCGCCGAGGGCUUCUUCGGCAGCGACAAGACGUACGACCUGUCCAAGAAGCCGCCGCAGCCGCCGCCGCCGGCGGGCAUGCGGGUGCUCGGCCGGGACGACGACGGCGGCGACGACGCCUCGCGCAAGCGCAAGAAGCCCGGCGACGUCGACGUCGCCAUCGACCCGGACACCCUGGCGGCGUCGGGCGGCGGGCUGGACAAGGACGAGCUGCGGCGGCGCUUCGAGGCCGGCCGGCGCGAGGAGGGCGUCGGCGCGCAGUGGAGCCGGUCGGCGUACGAGGAGGACUUAAGCGACAUGAUUGCGCAAAAGAGCCGGAAGAGGCAGAGGAGGGAGGAGGAGAGGAGGGGCGAGAAAGGGAGGAGGUAGAUUCAAGGUGUGCUUGUAAGGGGGGUGGGUGUCGUCUUUCUGCAUCGGGGGACUACCGUCGUCGUACCUACCGACCUCGGUACAAUCCCGAGGUGUGUUGGCAUGUCUUAAUUAACAAAACGGCGUUUGGGGUGCAGUCACACACACUGGUCAGGGUCAGAGGCGUGGGGUGUUGUAUGUGUACAGCAAUUCGGGUUAACUUAGUUCGGACGAUGCAAACAGGUGAGGGAAAGUCUGCUAAAGUAAACAACCAUGAAACCUGCGUUUCUCGUAUCUACUUCCAGAAUUUGAGACUCUUCUUGCGGACCUGUCAAACCCCAGAGCCCGAGUCGGGCGGCCGAAUUGGAAAUUUAGGUAGUCG